CUCCCUUGGGGUUUAAAAACCACGGUCUGUGGGCAGGAGGGACCUUUGAUCAGCGGGGAGCCCAGGAGACCUGAAUAUGGACCCCCUGAAUUACAGCGCCACUGAGUAUCCCCUAUAUGACUGGACUGGGGACCCCAACGUGCCGGUGGACCAGCCUUCGAGAACCUCCAGGCUGCCUCUUCCGGAGGUGUUUGCCCUGCUAAUCUACGUGGUGGUCUUCUUGGUGGGGGUCCCGGGCAACACCCUGGUGCUCUGGGUGACGGGCUUCGAGGUCCGGAGAAACAUCAACGCCAUCUGGUUUCUCAACCUGGCGGCGGCCGACCUCCUCUCCUGCCUGGCGCUGCCCAUCAUGUUCACCUCCGUCUUUCAGCAGGGCCACUGGCCCUUCGGCGACGUCGCCUGUCGCAUCCUGCCUUCUCUCAUCCUGCUCAACAUGUACGCCAGCAUCUUGCUCCUGGCCACCAUCAGCGGCGACCGCUUCAUGCUUGUGUUUAAUCCCGUCUGGUGCCAGAACUACCGGGGGCCCCACCUGGCCUGGGUGGCCUGCGGCGUGGCCUGGGUCGUGGCCCUGCUGCUGACCAUCCCCUCCUUCCUUUACCGCGCGGUCUACGUGGAGUACUUUCCGUUCAAGAUAAAGUGUGUCGUCAACUACGGCCAAAACAGGGUCCCCAUCGAGAGGGCGGUGGCCGUGAUCCGGCUGGUGGUGGGCUUCCUGUGGCCGUUGGUCAUGCUCGGAAUCUGUUACACGUUCCUCCUGAUUCGCACCUGGAGCCGCAGAGCCACGCGCUCCACCAAGACGCUCAAGGUGGUGGUGGCGGUGGUGACCAGCUUCUUUGUGCUCUGGCUACCCUACCAGGUGACAGGGAUGAUGCUGGCCUUGCUCCCCUGGGACUCAAAGAUCUUCAUAUUCGCGUCCAGUGUGGACGCCCUGUGCAUCGCCUUCGCGUACAUCAACUGCUGCAUAAACCCCAUCAUCUACGUGGCUGCUGCGCAAGGCUUCCACGCUCGCUUCCUCAAGUCCCUUCCCACCAGGCUCCGCAACGUGUUGACCGAGGAGUCCGUGUCCCGGGACAGUAAGAGCUACACCCUGUCCACGGCGGACACCCCGGCCCAGAAGAGCCAGGCGGUGUGAGGGGAGUGCUGCCGCCCGGCCCCCCCACUUCCCACCUGUCCAUUCUCUCUCUGCUCAUUCGCGGGGCCCAUGGAGCUGUCGUUUCCGCCAGCUGCCCUCCGUUCCCUCCGUCUCUCCCAGACGUGUCCUCCCUCGCUUUCAGGACUAACACGUCCCUCUAGGGAUCCCGUCCUUUCUUUCCACCCAAGGACUUUGGAAAAACCAGCAGAAACUCAUAAUACUGGGAGUCCCCUCUCCCCAAACGGCUCUCUGUCUGCGUGGGCAGAGAUUGUGACUAGAACACAUCCGCUGCAUAGAAGACAGACAGAGAGAAAUAUUUUAACCUUUGAAAAAUAGCGAGGGGCGCCUGGGUGGCUCAGUCAGUUGAGC